UUCCAGAUGAGCCCAGAGGGAAACCCUUCAACAACACUCCUAAGCAACAGAGGGGAGACAAACUUGGGAAACCCAACAAGAGACUUACUGAACUAUGGCUCAGAGUGACUUCCUCUACCCACAAAACCCAAGGAGGCGACAGGAAGUGAACCACCUUCACCAGCAGCUGCUGGACUGCUUGUCUGACAACUUCCAGGUCACCAACAAGCUCACAGGGGUUCUCAAUACCCACUUAGGUUGCAGGCUGGCCUUCAUUGAAAUGAAAAGCAAUGGAACCAUAAAAGAAAACUGUGACAUCAUUAUCCAAGCUGUGACAAAAAUCCAAAAGGAACUGCAAAAGGUUGACGAGGCACUGAAAGACAAACUAGAGCCAACCCUUUAUAGGAAGCUUCAGGAUAUUAAGGAAAGGGAGGCAGAGAAGAUUGCCAUUGUGCAAAAGGUCAUUUCUGUCAUCCUGGGAGAAGCUACAUCUGCAGCCAGUGCAGUGGCUGUUAAACUGGUGGGCUCCAAUGUCACGACUGGCAUCAUUAACAAGCUGGUCUCUGUGCUAGCUCACAUCGGGACUUCUCUCCUUGGAAGCAUUGGUGUUGCCGUGCUCGGCCUCGGCAUAGAUAUGAUCAUUCAAGCCAUCUUGGGAGCAGUGGAGAGGACACAGCUUCAGGCAGCCAUCAAAAGUUAUGAGAAACAUCUGGAGGAGUUCCAGGAAGCCUCAGAGAAGUACCACCAUGCCAUCACUGAGGUCAUCACUGCUGUGAAGCGCCAGUUCAGAUGAACAGUCAUGUAUCUACACUGGGAGAGUCUGUGCUUCCCUCUCUGGCACCAUGCUCAUUUCUUCAGGUUACUUUUCCAUGUCUCAAAACAAUGUGGAUACUGAUAAACAAUUUGGGAUGCUUGGGUCUUGGGUCAGCAGUGAGUGCCCAAACCAUCUGUACUCAACUAUCAGGGGAUAAAGCUCUCUCCAGUUUUCUUACCCUGUUGUCAGAACCACUGAGGUGUAAAGGCAUCAGAGACCAGCAGGCACAGACCAUUGCUUCCUUGUUCCCAGGCAAUGUCUUCAAACAUUUCUACUAAAUGGAGAGACCAUUCCCAUUACCUGGUUCAAACAUCACUUAUGUCUAAUAAGUCAUACUUAAUAACAUCAGAGUAGACACACACACCUGUGGCCUUCAAAUAAAAUAGACAUACUUCUAUUAUUUUUAUUCCCAGAUUAAAUACAAUUGUCUGCAAACUGGAAAAGACUGCAAAACCGUAUCAACAUUUUCUUCCACCAGAUUAAAUACAAUUGUCUGUAAUUUGGAAAAGACUGCAAAACAACAAAAACAUUAUCUUCAAGAAUGAAACGGACCAAUGCGUCUAUGAGCUUCUACUUAUUACAGAGUGUGUCUGGAUGGAUUUGGAAAAAAAUGAGAUAAUAAAAGUUUUGUCUAUAAUGCAGUUAAUAUGGACCAACUGUCAUCUAUCACUUUAGCAGUCAAACACUCUGGAACAUUUUAAAAAGCAAGAAAUAAACUGCUGUGAUCCCUGCAUAAAAUAUAUUAGAGUGAGGAAAAAGACUCACUCUCCAUUAAGAACUUGUUGAUCAAAGGAAAGUAAUUAAUUUCAAUUUUCUG